CGCCUUCACCUCUCUGUGGACGCUGAUUGGUUCAAAGAUUCACGUGACACUACACCCAUUGGUUGAGUUUAACUUAAAGCAGCCCACAACCACUGGCGCGCCAUAUUCAACGUUUUGCUUCAGGACGAGCUUUCCUGUGGGAUUGGAUUUGUAAUAUAUGUGUUAUCUAUUUCACUUUUAUUUUAUUUUAACUUAAUUAUUUACGUUAUAGCGCCUUUAAUUAAAAAUGGACUGUGUGGAUUUUCCAAGAGUUCUGCCAAAUUCGCCGAGGAAAGCACGGGGACAAAUUCAGGUCAUCUUUGGACCGAUGUUUUCAGGCAAAAGCACUGAACUGAUGCGAAGAGUGCGCCGUUUCCAGAUAGCCCAGUACAACUGCUUGGUGAUCAAAUAUGCCAAAGACAUACGUUAUUCUGACACAGGCAUGGCCACACAUGACAAAAACACAAUGGAAGCUGUACCAGCCAAUUGUCUGGAAGAUGUGCGGUCUCUGGCAUUACAAGCCUGUGUCAUUGGAAUUGAUGAAGGACAGUUUUUUUCAGACACAGUGGAGUUUUGUGAAGAGAUGGCCAAUUUAGGGAAGACAAUUAUUGUGGCUGCUUUGGAUGGAACCUUCCAGAGAAAGGCAUUUGGAAACAUCCUGAACCUUGUCCCUCUGGCGGAGAGCGUAGUGAAGCUCCACGCCGUCUGCAUGCAGUGUUACAAAGAAGCUGCCUACACCAAGAGGAUAGGGGCAGAGAAGGAGGUGGAAGUGAUUGGUGGAGCUGACAAGUAUCAGGCGGUGUGUCGAAAGUGUUAUGGAGGUCUGGUGGUGGACAAAGAGAACAGUGCUCCCUUCAGGAAAGAAACUCCACAACAUGUCCUCGCAGGAAAACUCAUGGACUCCGCUGUUCCCAGGAAGCUUUUCUCCUCUCUCCACCUCUGAACACAAUAAUAAGACUUGUUGCAGAAGUUGAGUAUGAAUCCAGGAAUCAAAUGAGAGAGAGAGAGAGAGAGAGAGAGAGAAGGGCAGUGGAAGGCAAAUGGAUUAUUUUAUCUAACAUAUUGACAUUCCUGGUAUUUUAGUGUUUGUAUUUGGUGUCUAAUUGGUGUGUAUGUUUUAUUUUAUGUAUGUUUUGUGACAAUGCACUUGACAACCCUGAAAAUGAGUAAACCAACUAAUAACUCACCGUUAUAGGAUUCACUAUACUGCUGUUAAUAUCUGUAACUUUUGGGUUUCUUUUAACAUCCAAGGUUUUAAAUUAUUUUUGUUGUUGUAUAGUGCAUGUAUAAAUGCAGUAUUUUCUGCCACCAUACAAAUAGGUUUGAAUUGUAUGUUUCACCAUGUAUGGCAGGGCAGGAGUAGUAAUUAGUAAAAAUAAUAAACAUUGGCAGAGUACCCCCCCCCCCCCCCACCCCCAUUUUUAGCAUUUAUUGUACAUGUUGUACUUAUUGUUUCAUGUUUGUUUUGUACACUACAAGAUACGUAAUCCAAUGCCCUUGCAUGCUACAGAGGACCAAAAUAACCCGUUUAAAUCCUGGUAGGAAUGCUUGGUUGGAAUGGAAAAAGUAUGUCCUCCCUACUAUACACGUAGUAUACAAUAUGUAUUAACUGCAGUACAUAAAUGCAACAAUAUCCUGAACAUCCUGUGAAUGGUUUUAUUCUAUAAACAAAAGGUCUCUAGUAAAUCACUUGUGCUUCUGACACUGACAUGACAUGACAUUGACAGAAAGAUGAAAGCAAAAGGGCACAUGGCAACUUCACAACUGUCAAAAAACAUGGAAACAAUAAAAAAAAAAAAAAGCCAACCAAAGUCUGACCACUAUUUUGUGUCAGUUUUUAUAAAACCUAUUCUAGUCUCACAUCUAAAACAUGGACCGUAAAGAAAUAUAAAUCAAUCUUACAAAAUAUCAAGUUAAUUUACUUUGCAAAUAAAAUAUGCAUUACAUAUUACAUGUAAGCCUUGUGUUACCACUACAAUACUAUUUUGUGACACAGUAAAUUUAAAGGCACAACUUAGAGAUUCACUGUCAGCUGAUUGAUUUUAAAUUAAUGACAAGCGGCAGUCUUCACCAGCAGAUGGAUACAUUGAUUUUAAAUGUUAACUGAAGAGCAGAUUAAUCAGCCUUUG